UUCAAAGGUUACCUAAUAAAAUUAAUGCUAAUUACGUUAUUUCAAGUCUAAAAGUUAUAUCGAAGCAGAUACAAAUAAAUCUCGUUCUUUGACGAAAUUAGGUACCUACUCGUGAAUUUAUUGGGGGUAUUGUAAUAAUAGUUACGGUAACCUCAAAAAUACUUUAUUCUACCAAAGUACCAAGACCAACUUUAUGUGCGUGUUCACGGCAAAUGUGUGGCAAAAAACAAAAAUAAACGAUGGAAAAUCAUGAAAAAUCAUUAAGAAUUGAUCUGGAAAAUAGACCAUACCGUUAUCUUCAAAAAAUGACUAAAUCCUUAUCUUUACCAUCGAAUUUCAAGAAAAUAUAUCUCAUAGAUUUGAUUGUGGCCAGAAAGCGGGGCAAAGAAGAUGAAGUAAGAAGAAUUAUAGCUAAGGUUAAACAAGAAAGAGCUAAAUCUUCUCAGUUCCGUAGGCAGAGUAAACGGAAAACUAUGCAGGACACAGAAAACAUAAUAGCAAGGCGACUUUUAUACUCUCCGCCUAUAACAGCAACACCUAAACACAGCCAGCUAACGCUACAGCGAUUAAACAAACGCCGCAGUUUAUUAAAACGUCUAAACGAAAGCCCUUACGCCGAACCUAAUAGAAUGUUACAUUCAUGUAAAGGUCGAAAUAUAGGAAACGUUACAGAUGUUAUAAAAGCUCACACCUCAGGUGGAUGUAUGAAAAUAGUGAGUCGGCAGAAUUCGUUCCAAUUGUCUGAGUUAACUGUUCAAUUGCAACCUUGGGCGACGCUAACACCUGUGAGACAUCGCCAUCAUAUGUAUCACAAUGAAAGUACACAAUCACAGUCUCCAGCAAGGCGUCAAAGAACAGUAAGCGGAAUAUAUCCAAUACAAAACGAUGUACAGACAAACGGAGUGAGCCUGCGACGAAAAGACGGAACAAUAUCGAUAAUAAACGCUAUCGUCGAAAGACGUACUUACGAACGAAAAACACAAACAGACAACACGGAAGAUAUACUAAACAAUCUGGAAGAAACUACACCGAUUAAUAAUAAUUUGGUCCAAAAUCUGUCGAUAACAGAUUCUGCGUUUAGUGAAGUGAAUAAUUCGAUAGAUAGUUGCUAUAGUGAAGUUAGAGUUGAAGACACAAUGUGGAAGCAUGAAAAUGCACUGCCGAGUAUCAGUGAUGCGUUCAGUAAGUUUAACGGCAGGGAUUAUUCGCAACCUUUGUAUGUGCAAGUUAGCGAGUAUGAGACAAUUCCAAUGUCCACAACAUACAUUCCAAACCCUAAUCCAAUAAUAUUGGAAAAGUUUUAUUCAUUCAAUACUAAUUCGCUAGCAAAUGGUUUGUUGCAAAAGGCAACUGCGGCUCACACUACAAGCGUGUUCAGUACAUAUACGGUUAUGUUGACGAAAGUACAACCCUCUGCCACAUCUAUGCCUCUAUUGCACCCUUCAAACUCCGAGAGUUUCGGUCGCAACGACAUGAACCAACAUUUUGUGAACUACUCGUCUUGUUCUAAACAGGAAAUGCAACAGGAUUCUUUGUAUUCUGAAGAAGUAUACAAUUCGUCUGUAUCGUCCGUGGACACGAGCCAGGAUAUCGGCGCUUCCGUCACUAUACCGGAAAUGGUGGAAGACGCGUUGGAAAUUAUUAGCCAAGAUGGCGAUUAUUUGGAGCGCAUCGGAAUGGACAGUACGAAGUUAUUGUGCGCGCUCUGCAACUGGGCUGGACCCACGGUUAUGAUGGAGUACCAUUUGAGAAAGGAGCACGCAGACCAAAUACUAAAACAGAAUAAAUCUGAAUGGAACAUAACAUACACAUUGGGAAGUCUUGUAUCAGAUUCGAUGUGGCAUAGCAAAGUGAUAGAGUACAAUUCGUCUUUCUAUGUGUUAAGUGCUAAGUAUGAAGAUCCGGACUGUUUUAUGGUCACUUUGUCGUCACUAUCACCGAACAUAAUAACAAAUACAGGUUCAAUUACCAUUUACAACAAAGUGACCGGAGAACCACACACAUGGCAGGGCGAUAUAGAGCCGUUACCCCCAAACUUGCCAUAUAAAAACCAUUUAAAUUGCCUUAAAUUGAACCUGGCAACACUUGAUUUAUUGCCCAAUAGCGCUAACUUGAAGUUAGUUAAUGGGGAAUUAGUUAUGGAGUCGCCAAGCAAAGUUGUUGUAGGACAACCUGAAUUGAACGAUAUACACAUUAUUUUGUUUGUUAGAUUAUUGAAUUUUUAGUAAUUAUAGUUUUUUUUAUUAAACCUGGCA